AUGAACAACUGCCUGGCGAUGCGCAAUGCGUCGCGCGCUGCGCGCGGCCUGAAGAUGGGCACGCGCAGACUGCCCCCAGCAGCAGCCGGAGCCUGUGUCCAAGCCCGGGCGCUGAGCCUCCAGAGCGUCGCGAGGGGCGUCCAUGAUGGGGUCAUGGGCGCGCUGGAGAUUGGAGCGUGGCUGACGGGCAGGAAACCGCUGCCUUAUGCGUCUACCUCCCCUCGAACGCCGCCCUCAAUAGCAGCAGCAGUCCGGUCCGAAAGCCACCAUCCUUCGUUCCACGUCUCGCCACCUUCACCCCCGACCGCCGACCCAGACGCAGAGACGUCGCUCCCCGAGAAGCUCCGCUCCGUGAUGCGCCUCCUCACGAACCCCGUCGUCGUGUGCACAUCUACGCACGGCUCCACGCCCCGCGCCAUGACCAUGUCCUCCUUUACAUCCCUGACGCUGUCUCCGACGCCCCUCGUCACCUUCAACGUCGCGACGCCGAGCCGCACCCUCGACGCCGUCGCCGCGAGCGGCGAGUUCAACAUACACGUUCUCGCGGGGGACGAGGCCGGCGCGGCGGUGGCGGACCACUUCACGCGCGGCAACGUCGACGGCGUGUUCGGCGGCCUGGAGGGUGCAGAGGUGGAGAGCGUGGCGGGGCGGCCACCGCUGCUCAAGGGCGAGGGGGUGCUGCGGGUACUGAGGUGUAGGGUGUUGAAGGACGGGCCGCACGGGGGGCUGAUGAGGGUGCGCGACCACGUCAUCGUGGUGGGAGAGGUUGUCGAGAUGAUACCCGGGAAGAAGUCGGACGAGUUUGGACUGGCGUACGCGGAUAGAAAGUACAGGCUCGUCGGGGGUGUCAUUGCAAAGGACUGA